UAUGUACUUGUAACGGUUAUUAAUGUUACGUUUUGAUUUUUUAGGCGUAGCAACAACUGCUGCAAAAGGAAUUAAACAAUAAUUAGUUUGUCUGUGUAUUUAAUAGCAAAGAAGAAGAAUAUCAGCGCAUUUGUUGAGUUUGAGCCGCAAACAUGGCCGCUGCCUUGUGAUCUCGACCGACGCUCGGCCGGUGUAAACAGUCACUCAUCGAAGCAACGGUUGUUAUGCGCCGUUAUUUCCGAAGCUGCCAUGCAAAAAUAUGAGAAGCUCGAGAAGAUAGGAGAAGGCACUUACGGCACUGUGUUCAAGGCAAAAAACCGAGAGACGCAAGAGAUUGUUGCGCUAAAACGUGUGCGGCUCGAUGACGACGACGAGGGAGUACCAAGUUCUGCUUUGCGAGAGAUCUGUCUUCUUAAAGAACUAAAGCACAAAAAUAUUGUGAGGUUACACGAUGUUCUUCACAGUGAGAAAAAAUUGACUCUCGUAUUCGAGCACUGUGACCAGGAUCUGAAGAAGUAUUUUGACAGCCUCAAUGGGGAAAUCGACCUUGAAGUUGUUAAGUCUUUUAUGUUCCAACUUCUUCGUGGCCUUGCAUUCUGCCAUAGCAAUAACAUCCUGCAUAGGGAUCUCAAGCCGCAGAAUCUUCUAAUUAAUAAAAAUGGAGAGCUAAAGUUAGCUGACUUUGGUCUCGCAAGGGCAUUCGGAAUUCCUGUUAGGUGUUACUCAGCUGAGGUUGUCACGCUUUGGUACCGGCCGCCAGAUGUUCUGUUUGGGGCGAAGCUGUACACAACAUCCAUUGACAUGUGGUCUGCUGGCUGCAUUUUUGCAGAGCUUGCAAAUGCCGGAAGACCACUAUUCCCUGGGAGUGACGUUGAUGAUCAACUAAAACGGAUAUUCAAGCUCUUGGGUACACCAACUGAAGACACCUGGCCUGGGAUGACACAGCUGCCAGACUACAAGUCAUUCCCACUAUACCACCCAACGACAAGCUUUGCACAAGUGGUGCCAAAGUUGAGCUGCAGAGGACGAGACCUGCUGCAGAAACUCCUAGUCUGCAAUCCAUCCAUGAGGCUCUCAGCGGAAGAGGCCAUGCAGCACCCAUACUUCAGCGAUCUCCCGAGCUCGAUAAGGAACGGCUGAUCGUCGUCUUCUCAUGAGUGGGUCAUAGUAGCCACUUCAGAGACAUUGUCUGCAACCAUUUCACUUCAUUUGUUUCAUUUGAAUUCAGAUAUGUAUGUACAGUCAAUGUUGCGGCUCCUUCAUUUCAGAGUUGGUGCGUUACCCUUUCUUGCCUUUAAGUGUCUCUUCUUAGGGGAGUUGAUUGUCGGAAUGGUCAGUGACAUUGGUGGAAUUAAGAGAGUGCGUACCUGAUAAACUAUGGAAAUGUGAUAAACAAUCAACCUGAGGCAGCUCUAAAUGACAAACUGUUUUUUGUGUUUAAUUGGUCUAAGACAAGUGAAGCAUGCCACAAUCAUGCAUUGCUUUUAAUGCUUGCUGUUGUGGUGCCUGUCAAGGACAAAAGUUUCUGCACUCUGAGUGCAGUUGUCUUGAGGUCAAGUUGGCAGCCAAGCAUUGAAAAACAAAAUAACACGCCAAGUUAGGCUAGUGAGUGCUUAGGUACUAUAAAGAUGUGGUCACUAAAUGUGAAUUUCGGUGUUUGUAUGAACCACCGAAUGUGGUGCCUGCCAUUUCCACGCUGGAUGCCAAAAAGUGCGAUAAAAGCUUUCUGGGCGCUGAUGGUUCGUAAACGUUUGUCUUUGGUAGCACAAAAUUUGUCACUUAGGUUGAUGUUCAACUAAUCUUUUCUGUGUGCAUUUAAUGCUCGCUCUAAAGCUGAAAUGUGGUUAGUCUUUUUAUUGUGUGUUGCUGCUUUUUAGACAUUUUAUGCAUGUGCAAUGCAAAAUAAUUCCUAGUUUUUAUGUCAUAUAUAUACAAUGGACUCUCAGUGAACAGAAAUCUCUUAAAUGGAACUGCUGAUUAAAUGGAACAACUGCCUUUGA